AUGGUAAUGUCAACUGUCUCUAUCGUGCACUCUCCCAUACAACUAGCUCCGUCAUGCUCCACCAUCCCGGCCAAUACAGCACCAAGUCUCAAGGUACUAUCCAACAACAAUGGCAAACCUUUAUCAAAAUCAAUGCAACACCAUUUCAGUAGCGAAAGCAAAGAUUUCUCUGGCUCAUCUCUCAAGAAGCUAAGUGCACAGCUGCAUGGGCGUCAGGUUAUCUCUCUCGGAACUGGGAGACCAACCGCCGAUUUCUACCCAUGGGAGUCUCUGACCUUUCGGGGAAUGGUACCUCAUCCACCAGCGUCCGUUACCACGAGUGUGAAAACUGUGGAGCAUACGGUUACGAAGCACAGCGAUAUAUAUAACCUAUCUAGCGGGUUGAACUAUGGACCAACCGUGGGGUCCCCAUCCCUAGUCCGGUUUUUGACUGAGCAUGUGGAAAUCACGCAUCAUCCGUCCUAUGCAGACUGGAGUAUCAGCUUAACCUCUGGCUCGACGGCUGCUCUAGAGAUUGCAUUCCGCAUUUUCUGCGACCGGGGAGACACGGUUCUGGCCGAACGAUUCACGUACCCCGGAGCCAUUGAAGGGGCAAAAUUGUUAGGUCUGCGGUUCGAGGGCGUGGAAAUGGAUGUACAAGGUCUUAGACCGGAGGCUCUGGAAAGGACUCUGCGAGAGUGGGAUUUAUCUCGAGGGCCCAAGCCCCGCGUGUUGUAUACCAUUCCCACGGGCCAGAAUCCCACCGGAGCCACGCAAUCGACAGAAAGACGACGAGCUAUUUACGACAUCGCCGAAGAACAUGAUUUGAUCAUUAUUGAAGAUGACCCAUACUACUUCCUUCGGAUGGGCGCUUGCCGAGCCGAUCAUGGAAGAACAGAAAAGACUUCCGAGCUCCCAUCCUAUCUCGCCCUCGAUCGAUCAGGCCGUGUUGUCCGUCUCGAUUCAGUGUCUAAGAUCUUAGCUCCUGGCCUCCGGGCUGGCUGGGUUACUGCAAAUACACAGAUCAUAGCAAAGUUCAUUGCUUACCAGGAAAUCACGACCGUGGAGGUCAACGGCCCAUCGCAGCUAAUGCUAUGGGCGCUACUAGAACAGAAAUGGGGCCAUCAAGGCUUUGCCGCUUGGUUGGACCAUAUAUCUUUGGCCUAUCGCACCCGACGAGAUGCUCUACUGCAUACCUGCGAUCAGUAUCUACCUCGGGACAUCUGUACCUGGGACCCGCCUGAAUAUGGCAUGUUCGUGUGGCUCCGCCUGAACUGGGAGAUACAUCCUUUAUUCAAGAGCGAGGUGGAAGCAGCAGAGAGGGAAGAGUUACUGUCUGAGGUCGCCGAGAGAAUUAACAUCAAUGCAAUCGAGAAUGGAGUGCAGGUUACAAAGGGAUUACUCUUCACUUCCAAUCAAAAGCCAAAUGGGGAAUUGCAGUUUCGGUUGACAUUUGCGGCUGCGCCUGCGGAACAGUUUGAAAAAGCCUUGAAGGCUUUGGGGGAUACUGUGAGACAGGAGUUUGCCUUGACUUGUGAGUAG